UUUGAGAAGGCUGGGGAGAGUGUGUGUCGCGGGAUGAGAUGGGAAGCUCCAGAGAUCUGACGCUACAAGAGAGGUGAAGAGGAUAAGUACGUGGGUGUCGUGGCAGAAGAGGGCCGUAGAGAUGUGUCUAGGUUGAGAGGGGAUGGGCGAAGGAAAGGAGUGGUGAGGUGGCAAGGAAGAAGGUGGUGGGAUCGUGAAGGAGGCGUGGUAGGGAGAAAGGGUCAGACUGGAAGGGAGGAGUGGCGUUGGUACUGGCACUACUUAAAUGGCCCUCCAUCCUCGUGGCCGUGAUCGGGAGGGUGAUGGAUCACCACCAAUGCAACGACGGCGCCAGGUCGUAAGCUUCGGGAUCGCAAGCCGAGACGUGCAUCUCUGGCGGGCGCCCAUCCUUCUCCGCUUCGUUGCCCUUGUAAGCGCCGUACAGAGCUCACUUGCAGUCAGAUUGGGAGGCCUGCCUCUUCCCAAGACGACUGCAAGGGCACGUGUCGUUGCCCCUCGAUGCCUUCGAGGGGUGCUCUGUGGGUUGUGUGGACCUUUGCGGCGACACUCGUGUGGAUAUUGUGCAGAGGUUUCACGUCACGGAGGCAUCUCGCAACAGCUUCCAUUCUGCUCCUCCGUAGGAUGUUCGCGUCCACAUCUCCUCUUGUAAGCCAUGCUGAAGUCUUAAUGGUGUCCAGUACAGCCAUCAGAGACGAUUGGGCGUGAUCGUG